CACAGCCACAGAGAGCCUGGCGGCAAAAUGGGAAAGAUCAUCUUCUACGAGGACAGGGACUUCCAGGGCCGCUCCUACGAGUGCAGCUCCGACUGUUCCGACCUGCACUCUUACUUCAGCCGCUGCAACUCCAUCAAAGUAGAAAGUGGACCAUGGAUGGUCUAUGAGCACCCUCAUUUCAGGGGCUACCAGUACUUCCUCAAACGAGGAGAAUAUCCUGACUGCCAGCACUGGCUGGGGUACAAUGACUCCAUCCGCUCAUGCCGUGUCAUCCCCGAGCACAGGGGCACAUACAGGGUAAAGGCGUACGAGAGAGAAGAUUACAAGGGUCAGCUUAUGGAAAUUACCGAUGACUGUCCCAAUCUUCAUGACCAGUUCCGGUACAAGGACAUCCAGUCCUGCAAUGUGUUUGAAGGACACUGGAUCUUUUAUGAAGAGCCCAACUACAGGGGGCGCCAGUACUACCUGAGGCCCGGAGAGUACCGGAGGUUCAGCGACUGGGGGGCUGUAAGCAGCAGGAUUGGAUCCCUGAGACGUGCAAUGGACUUUUACUAA